ACCUGCCAACCUGGAAUUUACCACGACCCUAGUAUAAAAAACCUGGCCGAGGAGUUUGACCAUUGUUCUCUCUAUUUUCCUCGUGGCCCUCGUGUGGGUCGAGACGCGUUUCUCUAUUUCUUCAUCGCCAUGGCUUCCAAUCCUCAAUCCUCAGGUAAUAGCCCACCUCCAAAACCUUGGGAACAAGCUGGAUCCUCAUCUGGUCCAACACCCUUUAAGCCCCCCUCUCCAGGUAGCACAAGUGACGUUGUUGAGGCUUCUGGAACAGCGAGACCUGGUGAAAUUGUUUCUACAACUGAUAGGAAUACAACUAUAAGUAAUAAUGCACUUGGUAGGCCUGUACCCACUAGGCCCUGGGAACAGCAGACAUACGGCAGUACUAUUGGAGGUUAUGGUUCCGGUUUGAAUUAUAAUUCUGGUUAUGGUUCUGGAAUGUAUGGCUCAUCAUAUGGUGGAUUGGGAGGGUCUUAUGGAGGGGGGUUGUAUGGAAACAACAUGUAUCGAGGAGGUUAUGGUGGUGGGCUUUAUGGAGGUUCUGGCAUGUACGGAGGGGGUAUGUACAAUGGUGGUUUUGGAGGCCCAAUGGGUGGUUAUGGGAUGGGCAUGGGGGGUCCUAAUGGCAAUCAAGAUCCGAAUAAUCCAUUUGGUGCUCCGCCAUCUCCACCAGGGUUUUGGAUAUCAUUCCUGCGGGUGUUGGAAGGUGUGGUAACCUUCUUUGGCCGGGUUGCAAUACUGAUAGACCAGAAUACACAGGCAUUCCACAUGUUCAUUACUGCUCUUCUUCAGCUGUUGGAUCGAUCGGGAUUACUAUAUGGAGAGCUUGCUAGAUUUGUGUUGAGACUGCUGGGAAUUAGAACAAAGCCUAAAAAGGUUCAGCCACCCGGAUCUAAUUUAGCCCCUGGCUCGCACAAUCCCCAUGGGAACCAAAACUACAUUGAAGGACCCAAUGCUGCUCCAAGUGGUGGUGCUUGGGACGGUGUAUGGGGAGAUAGUGCUGGCAAUUGAUUUUGUCCAUGUUACCUUUUUGUUGUUCGUACUGGAGGAGACCGUGAAAAUUGGCGGAAAUCUGUAUGGAGGUAAGAGUUCAGAUGGAAAUUGAUGCUGCCAUUGCAUGUAUAGAUUGGAUUUACCCUAUGAAAAUUGCUGCUCGCGUGAAUAAAAGAAAUUUUAUUCUCUCGCUCUCUGAUGGAAUAGCGCAAGUAUUCGGAUGUGCUUUAACAUUGCUUGUGCUGUUUUUGUGUUAAGCUAUUCCCAAUGUAAUAAAGGGACAAGUGAUAAUGUAUCCUGAAUUAUGUAAGAGAUUUAUAAUGGUAAAAGAGUGUUCUUUCCAGACUC